AUGACAUCAACAAAGACCGUCCUCGUCCUCGGCGGGUCGUACGGCGGUGCUCGCGCCGCGCGCAUUCUGUCCGAGACCCUCCCGCCAGACUGGCGAGUCGUUGUGCUCGAGCGCAACUCGCACAUGAACCACGUGUAUGUGUUCCCGCGCUUCGUCGUGCUGCCCGAGCACGCGCCGAAGGGGUUCGUCCCGUACACCAACAUGUUUACCCCGCCUUCGACCUCUGAUUCAUCAGCCAACGGCAGCGCCAACGGUGCCAAUGGCCAGGCGAACGGCGUGAACGGCGGGUCGAGCAAGUCCCGCAACAUCGUCAUCCAAGGCCUCGUAACCUCCAUCUCGCCGCACAGCGUGACGUACCUCUCCCCAUCUCCGUCGUAUGACGGGGUGACGGAUGCGGGGCACACGAUCCCGGACUCAGAGCGGGGAGUAGAGGAGCACACCCUUCCCUUCGACUACCUCAUCUACGCGCUCGGCGCGGGUCUCCCCACGCCAUGCGACGUGUGGGGCGAGCCGCCCUCUCUUCCCUCUCCUGCGCGCGGCAGCAAGUCUGGCGGAAUCGAAUGGAUGCAGCGCCACCACGAGACGAUUGCUGCUGCCGCCUCCGUGGCUAUUAUCGGCGGCGGCGCGCUCGGUAUCCAGUUCGCGACGGAUAUCAAGUCCCUCUGGCCAGAAAAGAGCGUGACGCUCAUCCACUCCCGCCAGACGCUCAUGCCGAUCUAUCCCGGCCUGCACGAUGUGGUCAUGACGAAGAUGGAGGAGCUGGGCGUGCGGACGAUCCUCGGCGAGAGGGUCAUGGAGUGGCCCCAGGAUGGGGACAAGGUGAAGCGCAUCAAGACUGCGGGCGGGAAGGUGGUCGAGGCCGACGUCGUGCUCGCGUGCACGGGGCAGCGGCCGCGUGUCGGACUGCUGAGCGGACUGGCGAAUGUGGAUCCCGUCUCUGGGCGGAUUAGGGUCAGGCCGAGUCUCCAGAUCGAGCCGUUGACGCAGGUCGAGGAAAUCGUGAGCCGCGUUGAGGGUCUGAGCGUUACCGAGAACGGAGUCAAUGGCGCGAACGGAUCGAGCCACGAGGAGAACGGCGAGAAGGAAACGGGACUCGGCCACAUUUUCGCCAUUGGCGACUGCGCGCAUACCCCUGCCAUCCAGGCUGGCCACACGGCGUACUGGAUGGGCGAGUGUGCGGCCCACAAUGUCGUCAAGCUCAUCAACGCCGCCGAGGCCAAGUCGAAUGGCGACUCCAAGCCCAACGGUCACGCCAACGGUCAUGCCAACGGGGACGCCAAGCCCAACGGCGUCAAGACCGAGGGCGACGCCGAGGUCGCAGCCAAGAUGAAGGGCGACUCGACCGACGUGCAGCCCGUUGUGUACAACGGUGUCGAGCUUGAGACAUAUGUCCCCGGCGCUCCGGCCAUUAAGCUCACGCUCGGUCUCACGGACUACGUGACGCACUUCCGGUCGGGGGAGAUCGUCCAGGCUAGCGACGGCGUGCCGGACCUCCAGGCAAGGUUGAUGUGGCCGUCUGUCAAUGCUGACUCGCUUCCGGAUGACGCUUAG